GUCCUUCCGAGAGAGACGCUGCCAUCAAGAACAAUGACAGACAUACCCAUUCAAACAAGUAAAGGAACAGAUGUCAUUAUUAGCGAUGUAAGAGUUCAGAAACAACAUUUUAAACCUUUAACAUGUCAGGAUCAGGAUGUAUUGUGCGCACGUUUAAAACUUGUUAAUGAAAACGUUCAGACUACCGUAGCAACAAACGUUGAUGUCAUGGGUUGUCCUUGUCAAAUUAAGAAUAUAAAGCCAGAUGGAAACUGUUUCUAUCGUAGCCUAUCUUUUAGCAUAUGUCAAAAUGAAGAGAAGCAUCUGAAAAUUAGACGGUCUGUCGUGCAACACCUUGAAAAGAACAGUUUUAAGUUUGAAUUAUAUUUGAGAGAUGAGUACACAUCUGUAAAGGAUUACGUGACCAAGUCAAGAAUGUAUUACUGUGGUUCAUGGGCAACCGAGAUUGACAUAUAUGCUGCAGCUGACUUUUUAGACACAACUAUAAUGACUUUUAAUGAUGGAAGAUGGAAUGCACACCGGCCCACAACUACAAAUCCACAGUCAUGCACAGAAAAUGGUAUCUUCUUAAACCACACAGGCAACCAUUAUGAAGUUGUACAAUGUGUUAAACAGAGAGAUGCACAAAAUGUUUGUGCAGGAAUGUGUCAGCCUGGAGAGAUUGAUCUUUUGAAGACACGUUUAAGGAAAAGGAAAUUAAUGGAUGGAAGAGAAAACGUGAAAGCUAAGAAAGAACGCGAACAGUACUGGAAGAAUUCUGAUUACAGAGAGCAAAAACUAAAAAUUCUUAAAGAUAAAUAUCACAAAGAGUCGCAAACAUAUAAGCUGGAUAAUUAUUUGAGGAAAUAUAAGACAAAUCGUGAAUUUCAGAAACUCAGACGUGAAUACUGUAAGAGUAAAUAUAGGAAGAAUCUUGACUUUAAAGAAAGUGUACGAGCAUACUCUAAAAGUAAAUACAGAAGGAAUGUUGAUUUUAAAGAAAGUGUACGAGCAUACUCUAAAAGUAAAUACAGAAGGAAUGUUGAUUUUAAAGAAAGUGUACGAGCAUACUCUAAAAGUAAAUACAGAAGGAAUGUUGAUUUUAAAGAAAGUGUACGAGCAUACUCUAAAAGUAAAUACAGAAGGAAUGUUGAUUUUAAAGAAAGUGUACAAGCAUACUCUAAAAGUAAAUACAGGAAGAAUCUUAGCUUUCAAGCAACUGUGCGAACAUUUUCCAAAACCAAAUACAAGACAAACAGAAAAUUUCAGUCUUUUGUCCGUGAUUAUGGUCGUAAUAAAUACAGAAGAAAUACAAUUUUUCAAAAUCAAAUCAAACAGCAUAACAAUAACAAGUACCAAGAAAAUGAAAAUAUCAGUGUAAAUAAAAUUCAAAGAAGCUGUGAGGACUAUGCAUGGUGGCAAAAGAGACGAGAAAACUUGGAUUUUGCUAUAAGUCAUUUCCGCCAAGAAGUCAGCAGAGAUCCAGAGUAUGUAUGCUGA